AUGGCCCCAGGCAAAGGGUGGUUCAAUCUCGAGUCGGGAUCCAGCGUCAUCCCGGAUACCUCUUUCUUUGAAGGUGACUCAGCGUUCAAGUCUCUCGGACUAUCACGGACUACGCGACUCUAUGGUUUUGCUGGCUGUCUCAUCGCUGGGUUCGUGCUGAGCUUGCUGGGAACGGUGGUCUUUAUCUUUGGCAUGACGGUCUUGUUUGCUAUCCUCUACGUUCUGGGAACUAUAGUAUCCCUCAUUGGGACUGGCUUCCUCAUUGGAUUCUUUAAACAAGCCAAACUGAUGUUCAAACCUGUACGCGUAAUUGCUUCCAUCGUAUUAAUUGCUUCCAUCGGCCUCGUUUUGGUUGGAGCCUUCGUAUUGAACAACGGUAUUCUAUGCCUGAUUUUCGUCUUCAUCGAAUUUUUAGCUUACACAUGGUACACCCUGUCAUAUAUCCCUUACGCUCGAGCUGCUGUCACAAAAGCUGUUGGCUUAGGCUGA